GGAUGCGCGCGCCUGAUCGAACCUUAUAAGAGCGAUGUGGCGCGUCUGACUCGAAGAAUCUUGUUCCUUCCACUUUUGCGCGAGUACCGAGCGGUGAAUUCCAGCCAAAGCAGAAGCAGUACCCAGCAGAACCACCACGAGGUCCACUGAUCAGUCCUGCUUACCGUCAGACGUCGAUACAAUUCAGCACUUGUUUGCGCUCUUCAAUUGGAACUCUCAAUAGGCUGUUUGCGCUCUUGGAUAUCUCAAGACUCCGUUUUUUUUUUAAUAAAAAAUAGAAGAUGCCCAUGAUCACCAACACGCUGUUUUUCAUCCUGCUUGCCCUAGCGGUCUUCCAUGUAUUCGCUUCCUCGACAAAUCAACAGAAGCGAUCUGCUGAUGGAGAAGAAGAAGUUCGUUACUGUCAGGGACGAACGCCUUGUGGUUGGGCGCUGUACAAUAAAACUAAUCGGUUCAUCUAUGACUAUAUGAGGAACAGAUGUAUCUGUGAGGGUGCCAAGAAAUGUCAUCGAGACCAGGAUGAUAUCUCUAUUUCUUCAUAUGUUUAUCGCUGCAAAUUAGAGGAUACAAAGCCGGGAGAUGCGCAGAAUACACCGGCAACUUUCCCAGAAUCUUGAUUUUAUUUGAAACCAUAAGCAUUUAGACGUAACUGGCAAACUAAACUAUCUGUUUCUAUGAAAGCUUUUUCACAUUGUCCUUUGACAAGAAAUAUGAUUAUUAUUACUCGCAAUUUACUGCAAAACACAGGAUUGGAUGACCGUAACAUCUAGGAAAUGAUAUUGAUAUUAAUUUGUUCAUUUCCGUCUUUGAAAUAUAUUCUCACAUAGGCUGAACGUACACAUCCCUAUAGUUGUGUUAGUACUAGGCAUAAACGCAAACGUUAAUGCGAGUAUUAGGUGUUAAUAUUUUGCUAAUAGCUACUAACUGUUUUACACAAAAGGUUUCCAAGUACGUCUAUUUUAAAAUUAGGCAUGGUUAAGACAAGACUGAGUGUGGAUUGUGAUUUUUUAAUGUAAGAAUGAAUCAUUUUUUAGCUAGGUAGGCACAUUUGAUUUAUAGUUGUCGUGCAUGAUAAAGUGCAAUUGACAUAUAUUCAAUAAAAGAUAUUUGCUGUACUUAAGAACCAGAGGCGGAUUUAGGAAUCUGUCUAUGGAGAGCGCAGCGGUGGUUGAACAGCGAUUCUGAAUGCAUAUGUAUUUGUAACAAUUGGAAAGCGGGGAGUGGGAUACGUCUAGGUGGUCGCACGUCUCACAAUUCAGGUCUAGCUAGGUAAUUUUACACUAAGAUACAGCAAUAUAUACAAUUUCCUUGAAAAAAAAACUGGCAGACAGUCGAUACGAGCGCCUCCUUCGCCUGUCUCCCCCCUCCUCAAAAUCCGCCAAUGUUAAGGACAAAUUAAAUUAUCGGAAGAAUGCAUUGAAAACCGAUAAAUUAAAAUUUUUGAAAAUUACAUCAUAUUGUAUCAAAAAAGUAAUACUUCAGACUCUGGUCUCUAUCGGGGAAACAAAUGAAGAUGUUCCCAAUUCAUUAACGCUAUUUAUUUUGAUGUUUUGUGUUUUUAUAUCAUAUUCUUAACUAUUGUCAAUUUUUACUUUUUACAGUUAAUACUUGAUUUUAGAAAAACUCAUGUUAUCCGGAAAUCGAUAGUUUAUAACGUUUAUGAUAGCGUGGUAGUUGACGAAAAACUGCUCCCAUGGAUUUUUAAAUACAGUUUUGAAUUCACGACAUUUCCUGACUUUAUGGAAGGAACAAAAAGUAAAGAGGAAAUCUAAGUUUUAAGAGUAAGUACUUUAUUGUUUCUGUUUGCCUUUUUAAUUUGUCGAAUUUCCUGUUCGUGCAGUUGUAUGUUUCAAUUUCAAAAAACAGAGUUCGUCGUUAUUACCGACUGGCAAAUUCUGUACUAGUAUCUAAUGAACAUUUAUUCAGAUGACACUUGAACCUCAUUCGUUCCAUACCUACAUCCGCAUUUUCGUAGAGAUCAUGUCAUUAUCGCACAAAUCAAGUUGGGUAUACAAUUUACUACUUUCAGUAUUUUAUAAGCGUAUUGUGUAGCGUAUAAUGUAGAUUUAAGUGUAGACAUAAAGUACAAAAAAUAAUGAGGAUCCUAUGCAUAUUUCCAUAAGAAGAUAUGUAUUCUAUACAAGUGUUUAUUUAUGUGAAUAUGUAGAGGUGCAUCAAUAUUUUUUGUUUAUAACACUGUUGUAAACUAACACAUAGUAAAAUCGUUCACAUAUAGACAAAUUGUAGUAUUUAUAUGUUCUAUACUCUUAUGUAUGUCUAUCGUUUAAAUUUCUAUUAUUUACAUUUCUUCAUGUAAAACGAAUCUUACUUGAGUUUAUAGGUUAAUUAUUAUGUAUAAGCUAAUUAUAUCUAGGAGUUCAGCGCAUUUUCAUCUACAAAAUGUUUUAGCUUUCACUGGUCCAUGACAUAAUAUUUUUCUCUGUACAAAAUACUUAUAAUGCAAAUAGUACCAGCUCUAUACCAUGUAUGUUAGUUCGUAUAAGAUUGACAAAUAAAUUUUAUGACCACA